CCUCUAGGAUGUAAAUUACCAAACCCAAACUCCAAACGCACAGGCAAAAGUCAAGGCCUUUUCACCAGAGCAAAAGAACCAAACCGAACCGAACCACACGACACAGGGCGAGCAAGCAGUGACAGCAGAGAGAAAUGGGGAGGAAGAAGGGAGUAGCAGAGUUCGAGGAUUCCCCUCCAGAUGACUUCGAUCCAUCGAACCCUUACAAGGACCCAGUGGUGAUGCUGGAAAUGAGAGAGCAUCUUGUUAGAGAGAAAUGGAUUGACAUAGAGAAAGCCAAGAUCUUGAGAGAGAAACUGCGGUGGUGCUAUCGCAUUGAAGGAGUCAAUCAUCUCCAGAAAUGUCGCCAUUUUGUCCAGCAGUAUCUUGAUUCAACUCGUGGGAUCGGGUGGGGCAAGGACCAACGCCCUCCUUGUCUCCACGGUCCUAAAGUGGAGGCAACAGCCGAGUCUGAGUGAAUCCAUUUCAGUAUUUGAUCUGCCUGGUUUUGUAUUAAGCUGGCACUGAAGUAGUAUGGCUAACCUGAUAAGAAGAACUGAUUUUUCAAUGGGUAGACCCAACUUUGGUUCAUGCAUGGAGACUUUUGAAGGGAAAUUGAAGAGACAUAAUGUGGCAAUGCAAAGUCUGAGAAACAGCAGGGUGUAUUGUUCCUUCUCAAAGGUCUUGGGUGAACAGGUCAUGUAUAUGCUUAAAGUUAUCACUUGUAGGAAAUUAAGGGAAAAUUAGUUAUUGGCUGUCUAGGGUCAGAGAGGGGAUGCAUUGCGGUUGCUGAGGGUAUCUGAUGAGCUAAACAAAAACUGUCUUGAAUUUUAAUGUAAUUCAGCAAAAUAUCUUGCUUAUGCUUGCUGUUUAUUUUUAACUAGAUUAGGUUUUGAUGUGUUACUCAUAAUGAGCUUAAGUAUAGAACAUCUGCAUUUUGCAGGAUUUACUGUGGGUGAGGUUUUAGUUUUGCUUCAUGUUGCAGGAUUUAUAACUUAAGAGUUUGGUUUUUGGGAUCUCAACGAAUUUUGAUUGAAUAAGAUCUGAUUGCUCAAAAUUCUUAAACGGAUUUGUGUGAAAUGUUUAUGGUGAAGAAGAAUAGUUUUGCAGAGAUUUAUUUUUGUUGCAAAGUAUGCCGUGGACAUGGAUCACAAAGUCUUGCUUCAAAAGGAAGGAGGAAUAUUUCUAAGGUGGGAGUAUGGAAAUAUAUUAAAAAAGGAUUGGUCUUUUCUCUUUCUGAAUUUUAAAAUGGGAUUUAGGAAGAGGGGCUUUUGUUUUUAUUUUUUAGAGGGUGAUUUGGGAAGGCUAAUGGUCUUUCCCCAAGUCCUCAAACUUUUUGAGUUGGAUAGGGUGAAUAAUUGUUUUGCUGUGCAUCUCAAUCAGGGAAAUGUUUGUUUGAAUGUUGUAUUUGUCAGAACUACCACUGCCAAUAUCUGGAAAGCGCGAGGCUUUUCAUAGCUGUUUUGAGCUAGUUUACUAAGAGUUCGUUAGAUAUUGUGGUAGCAGUUGCUUUUCAAAGUAUUUUUUUGCUUGUAAAUGCAUUGAAAUAGUAUUUUUUUCAUUUUUAAAAACUUAUUUUUAAUAUCAAUACAUCACAAUGAUUUGAAAAAAAAAAAAUUGAUGCAAAGAAAAAAAUAAAAA